AUGUCCAUUAACAUCCUAAUCGUCGGCGCCGGCGCCGUCGGAGCCUUCUACGCCUCGCGCCUCGCCGUCGUCCCCUCCAUCAACGUCUCCGUCAUCUGCCGCUCCAACUACAAAGCGGUAGCUAGCCACGGGUUCCGCAUCACAUCCCCCAAAUACGGCUCCUACACCUUCACACCGCAGCACACAUUCGCCAGUCCGCAAGCUGCGCGCGACGCCCGCAUAGCAUGGGAUUACAUCGUAGUCAGCACGAAAGCGCUGCCUGACGAGAGCGACGACUCCGCGAUCCUAGAGGGCUUGGUGACUGAGGGCCGUACCGCCAUCGUUCUGGUGCAGAAUGGCCUCGGCGUUGAGGAUCCCUACGUGAAGCGCUUUCCUGGGGCCACUGUGCUGAGCGCAGUUACCGUUGUGAGCGCAGCGCAGACAGCGCCGGGGAUCAUCGCGCAUAAUCGAUGGACGCGGAUCAGCAUCGGGCCGUAUCUGAGCGAGACGGGGGAGGAGAAGACGACGGCGGCGGCGAUCGAGAAGAAUCGGGAGUUUGUGAAGCUGCUGCGUGCAGGAGGGGUGGCGGAUGCGGAGGAGUAUUCGCAUGCGAAGUUGCAGAUGGUGAGGUGGCAUAAGAUCGCGAUUAAUGCGUCGAUGAAUCCGUCGGCGGUGCUGUCGGGCGGAUCGACGAAUAAUGCGAUGGCGAUGGAUCCCGAACUGUAUAGGCAUUUGAAGGGCAUCAUGGAGGAGGUGCUGUCGACGGCGCCGAAGGUGUUGGGUACGCCGUUGCCGGAGGAGUUCGCGAGCCCGGAGGCGAUAUUGAAGAGUACGCAGAAGAAUACGAGUGGGAGUAAACCCAGUAUGCUUCUGGAUUGGGAACAGGGGAAGAGGAUGGAGCUGGAGGUAAUUCUGGGCAAUCCGAUUCGGAUAGCUAGGGAAAAGGGGCUGGAAAUGCCGAGGGUUCAGAGUUUGUAUGCUCUCCUAAGGAUGGCGCAGGAGAAUAGGGAUAGGGAACGGAACAGGCAUAUGCAAACACUUAACUUUGAAGAAGCUCGUACCCAAAAUUUUGAAGCUGCGAGGAGAGUUCUCAAUGCGGCUAGCGAAGUCCUAAUCUGA